CGGAAGAAACGUAGAUUAAAUUUGUUUGGUUUUUGGUUCAAUUCAAUUUCAGUAGUUCCAAUCAGAGCCAAACUUCCAUUUUCCAUUGCGAUUGCCAAAGUGAAACGUGAAAGAAUAUAGUGGAUUCAGUUAUGGGAUUAUGGGAAAUAAGUGAAGUCCAAGUCAGCUGAUACCACUGUUGUCUGUCCUGUCAAACAGUCAACCACCUGUUGAUUUGAUUCACCAACAUUAUACUACUUGUCAACUCCAUCUGUCACAACAAAGAAAGUCAAUACAAACAUAACCUAGUUAUUUUAGUGUGCGUGCGUGUGUCGUAAAUAAUUGAUAAUUAAUAGUUCACCUGUUCAACAUUGUUCAAGAAAUGGGCGAUACAGAUCAACCUGUGUAUCUCAAUGAAUCCAAUGUGUUAAAAUACCUCUCCUGGGAUGACCUAAUUCCAACUAUUGAAAAUGUUCUCAGUGAUAUUUCACACAAAGAUGAAACUGAAACCAUUCAGCCAGCUCGUCUUAUAAUGCCUAUACCACCAAGAGAGGGGGCACUAUUGUGUAUGCCGUCUUUCAGUGGGAAAUUGAACACACUGGGGUGUAAAGUUGUGUCUUCAUUUAGAAAAAAUGCAGAAAAAGGCCUCCCAUCAAUAUUUGGAACUGUGCUGCUUUUAGAUGCUGAGACUGGUAAAGUUAAGAUGAUUAUGGAAGGAGGCGAGAUUACCGGUUGGCGGACGGCAGCAGCGUCCGUGGUCUCUACCAAACAUCUCCACCGAGGACAGAAAAAUGUUUUAGCCAUUCUCGGAGCAGGGGUCCAAGGCAGGAUCCAUGCACUAGCUAUGCAGCAUUAUUUCAAAUUCUCAGAGGUUAGGGUGUGGAACAGAACUUAUGAGAGAGCCGAGAAACUUUGUAACGAGCUCGGUCCGUGGGCCAAGCCUUACAAGAGCAACGAGGAUUGCGUCCGAGGAGCUGAUGUGAUUGUUACAGCCACUUACGCUAAGGAGCCAAUCAUCCAUGAAGGUGAUCUACAAAUCGGCGCUCACAUCAAUGCUGUAGGUUUUGGAGUGAACCAUCACUGCGAAGUAUCCAGGGAUGUCUACAACCUCUCGGCUGUGGUUGUAGACAAUAUGCCUGGAGCCUUGCAUGAACUGAGAGAGCUCACGUCUAGUGGAGUCAAACUGCAAUGUGAGGUCGGAGAAGUGAUCCGCAAUGUCACUUCCCUUCCGGAUACACGUUUUACAGUUUUCCAUUCUAUGGGAAUGUCCCUCGAAGAUGUUGCAGUCGCACAGCUAGUGUAUAGUAAAUAUAUGGAAGAAAAUGGGAAAUAGUAAUGGUGUUACAUUAACAACAAACACCCUGGGACGGUGAAUUUUCUAAAUAAUUUGAUCACAAACGUCCAGAAUAUUACUAUAAGUACCGUCCACUAAGGUUAGCUGGCUGUGGUAAGUAGAAAAAAUAAAGAAGGUGGAGCACCGGAGAAAAGACAAAAUCAAAUAUUGCAUCAUGCAACUAAGCAAAUUAAUCCCAGAGUAAUCACAAGGCUUGGAAAAGGCAGCACUGAGACAUAAAGCAACUGUUAAUUAUAACUGCUUUUUAAUAUGACACAGUAACUUAAUUCUAAACCAAGUAAAUUAAGGAUCAACAAGAGAUAGUUUCUAUUGACAGCAACAUAAAUUACGUUAACUACAUAUCUCACCAUCCAGAAAAGAAAACAGAACCCUAAUGUACAGGGAGUGUAGCUAAUGUGAUGUAUAUUAAAUGGCUAUGAUUUGUCUU